AUGAAUGGGGAGGCCAAAAUCAAGGAGAGUCCUGAGGUUGGAAAGUUUAGAGAUGAAGGUCUGAAAUUUUUUCCUGAGAUGGAAAUUUUAUUCAAGGGUGUAGUUGCUACUGGUCUUGCAGCAUAUGCUCCAUCUGAAGAUUCAAGAGACUCUCACGGUCAAAGCAUUGGAGUGGAAGAGUCAUUUGAUGCUGAUAUUGAUGAGGCCGAAACAGAAGAGCAUGGGAUUGAGGUAGAAAUGACAGCGCAACCAUCAUCUUCAAGGGGAAAUGGACAAAGGAAGAGAGGUAGAGAGGGUGAGAAGAAAGUUGGGGCUGCGGCUAACCUCUCUAGUCAAUUGGAACGUGUUAUUAAUAGCUUUGAGUCAAGUGAUCCUGGAUCUAAAAAGGAUCCUGCUAACAUCAAUGCAUGUGUAGAGAGGCUAAAGAAUCUACCAGGGCUCACUCGUGGGAGUGAUUUAUUUUACACGGGCAUUAGUCUUAUGGACAAAAGGGAGAAUAGGCUUAUCUUUCUUUCCUUAGAGGAGCCUACACUGCAGCUUGGAUGGAUUAAGUCUAAACACAAAUAGGCUUAUUUGGAUAUGUGAUCUUAUAUGGUCUUGUUUGGAUAUUUUAUGACAUAUGUUAGUGUUAUGACUUUAUGAAUUUUGGAUAUGCGAUCUUAUGUGGUCUUGUUUGGAUAUUUUAUGACAUAUGUUAGUGUUAUGACUUUCUGAAUUUUGGAUAUGUGAUCUUCUAUGAGCUUGUUUGGAUAUUUUAUGACAUGAUAUUUUAGUUUUGCUUUCCACUUU